AUGCAAACGACUGAAGGAGGAGAAGAGAAAAAAUUGGAGACACAGAAUAGCGAAAAUCUCGCACAGAAACGCCAAGCAGAGGAAAGUGGGGCAGAACCCGAAUCCAAAGUGCGGCGCUCUGUGAAAAACAUUGUGUGUGUAACAGAAAAGGAUGUCGGCAUCGAAAAAUACGUUUCAACCUCUCCGGGUAUUCGCUGUGUAUUGAAGAAUUCAUGCGAUGAUUUUAUUGUACGAGAAAUCGACAAGGAUGGAAAUGUGGUGGAUUUGGUGAGUGAGGAGCUUCCUCCAGAGGAUCAAGUCGAAGAAGACACUAUGACGGAAGAAGAAGGCUGGAAACGUUUGCACUCCCUCUUCGAUGACGCGGUCUGCGACUCGAUCGCCUCCCUCCUAUCCCAAAUCCAAGCGAACAGCAACACAGACGCGCAAUGUUCCCUCCGUGCGAUCAGCAGCAAAGAAACGCGUCGCGAAGUCCACCAAAUCAUCCGCAAAGCGUUCCCUUCCCUGCAAUCCGACACGGAUGGCGACGUGAUCGUGCUCCGCAGCGCGGCGAAUCCGAAUCAUUUCCACAAAACGCAGCGAAAACAGUGGCCGUAUCCCGAUCGAAACUACGUCGAAUUCACGCUCAAAAAGCGCGGGAAGGACACCAUGAGCGUCAUCAACAGCAUCUGCAAUGCAUGUCGUCGCGCAGCCAAAGCGUUCACGGUGUAUGGCACCAAAGACAAGCGCGCAAUCACCUUCCAGAAAGUAGUGGCGUACCGAAUCUCUCCCAGCGAGUUGAAAACUGCAGUGGCAAAAAUCAGGGAUAUUUCCAUAGGCGACUUUUGUUACGUGAACGAACCGGCUUCCAUAGGAAAAAACCGCGGGAAUCGAUUUACGAUCACGCUUCGCGGAUUGCGAGCGAACAAUCCGGAGAGUUCGAUCGAAGUUCUUCGAUCGCGUCUGGAUGAAACGGUCGCCAGUCUGCGAACCGCGGGAUAUUUGAAUUAUUAUGGGCUGCAGCGCUUCGGGAACCGCGGUUAUAACAUUUCGAUCGGGUGCCACAUGCUGCGGAGUGAGUGGGAGAGCGCGGUUCUCGCCAUUCUGGAGAGCAGUGGAAAAGGGGAAACGGAGAAAGCGGCGGCGAAGCUGCGCGAAACGGGCGACGGCCUCGAGGCGAUGAAACUCCUUCCGAAAAGCUUCCAAACCGAAAGCAAAUUGCUUCGCGCGUUGGGGAAAAGCGGCGGGAAGGGGUACAGCAACGCGCUGGCUUCGAUUCCGUACACGCGACGCACGUUGUACGUCCACUCCGUUCAGAGCUUUUUGUUCAAUCGGAUGGUUUCCGCUCGCAUCGAUUUAGGCAUGAAACUCCUCCCCGGGGAUCUGGUUUCCCCGGUUUCCCCAGUUUUCCCGGUUUCUACAUCGAAUUCUGCAGAAUCAAACGUGGAAACCCUAUUUCUCCAGGCUGAGAUAAUCGAGAUAACCGCGGAGAAUCAGGAACAGUAUUCCAUGCACGAAUUGGUGUUGCCGCUUCCUGGGAUUUCCACGCGAAUUCCCGCGAAUCUUGCGGAUGUAUACGAAAAGACGAUGAACGAGCUGGGAUUGGAGAAGGAUUGUUGGAGCAAAGCGGUUCGGGAGUAUCAAAUGCACGGAUCGUAUCGACGCAUGCUGCUGAGACCGCGAGAUAUGGAGGGGAGCGUGAACGAGGAAGAUGAUUCGGUGGUGUUGUCGUUUUCGUUGGAUUCGGGGUGUUAUGCGACGAUGCUGAUUCGGGAAGUGACCAAGUAUGAGACGGAUGUGAAAUCGCAGCUUACGAGCGACCCAGAAGACAAUGGAAGUGUUCUUCAAAGCUUCUGCAAAACGAGUGCAACGUACGAUUUCGGAAAAGUGUUUCAUUCUAGCUGUUUUUACGCAAGACAUUGCAAAGCAUGUUACUGUACAAUAAAAAUUGAGCGUAUAGUUCAGGACAAAAAGAAACAAGAGCCGGUAUCGGAAGAGGACCAAAAGCCAUGUACAAGCUGGAUCGGUCCCUUCCGCUCGGGUGUUAGUGGAACGUGGGGCGAGUUCAUUGCCAAGGAAGCUUCCAAAUCGUAUUUCAAAUCGCUUCUGGCAUUUUUAGAAAAGGAGGAAAAAGCCGGAGAAAAGAUUUUCCCUCCUCGUCCGGAAGUUUUUAACGCGUUUGUGUACUGUCCGUGGGAAAACGUGAAAGUGGUGAUUAUUGGUCAAGAUCCGUAUCAUGAUGACCGUCAGGUACGUUCUUUAUGCGUUUUACGUCACAUCCAGGCGCAAGGUUUGUGCUUUUCAGUCAACAAGGGAAUUCCAAUUCCUCCCUCGCUUCGCAACAUUUACACGGAAAUCCACAGCGAUCUCGGUCUUCCAAUUCCAAAGCACGGCUCGCUGGUGCACUGGGCAAAGCAGGGCGUGUUACUCCUCAAUGCCUGUCUGACUGUGCGCGCCCACAAGGCGAAUUCGCAUAAGAAGAAGGGCUGGGAGACGUUUACGGACAAUGUAAUCAAAGAAGUGAGCGACAAGAAGAAAAAUGUCGUGUUUCUUCUGUGGGGAAAACCUGCCCAAGAGAAGGGAGCUGUCGUGGAUACGACGCGCCACCUUGUGUUAAAAUCGGCGCAUCCGUCGCCCCUGUCUGCAUUUAAGGGAGAGAAGUUUUUCGACCACCACCACUUUUCUCUGACGAAUAAAUACUUGAAGGAGCACGGACUCGAAGAGAUCGAUUGGAGUGUGGAUAAUUUUCAUGUUUGUUUUACGCAAUGUUUGGAUAGGAAGGAAAAAUCGACCGAAUUUUUGGAAUCUCACAAUUCUCCAUUUUGUGGUUUUGUUCCGUCUAUGAGCUUCCGACGUCUUGCUGCUGUCGCAAGUAUUAUUCCCAAGCGCGGGUUGGAGGAGUUCGUGAGCCAAACGAGUGUAGCUGGAAAGGAUGUCGUUUACGGAAGAGCUUGGAAAUCUUCGGAGCUUCGUCUGAAGAGCUUUGACGAUUUGCACAAGUUGUGGUAUGUGCUAUUGAAGGAGCGAAACGCGCUUCUCACUGAAAAGUACGAUUGUGAAUCUCGCAAUGUUGCAAUGGUACACCCUGAACGUUUACACAAGGUGAAACUCUCUAUGAAGCGCUUAAAGGGAGUAUUGGGAGAGAGAAAGAUCGAGUACGAGAGACUACAGAGAGAGAUGAGUAACGCAGAGGAGCAAACGGAGUCUGUAUCCAAAUUGGUUGAAUAG